AUGACUCCCUCUGCGGUAUCACCACCACCCUCCAAUACCGACAAGCUGCUUGUCAAGCCCUGGUCCCGGCCACAACCAACAAAAGAAGAUCUAGACUGGGCGCCUCUCACCACUAUCGAUCUUUCACGGUUUGAUGAGCCAGGUGGAAAGCAAGAACUAGCGAAUCAACUCUACGAUGCCAUCUCGCGAGUUGGGUUCUGGGUUGUGACUGGCACCGGCAUCGAUGAUGAGCGUGUCCUGCGCCAGUUCAGCAUUGGAAACACCUUCUUCAAAGAGCCAAUCGAAGAAAAGCGGACUUAUCCAUGCAACUUUGCCGAAGGCGAGUAUUUUGGAUACAGGGAGAACGAAAGAUGGCUUGGAGAUACGGGUGUGAAGGAGAACAUUGAGAUGCUUAAUAUCCACAAGGACAUCCCAGCUUGGAAGGACGUCGGUCGUCAUCGGGUUGUUGAAGAGAACUGGGAUGAGAUUCGAGACUUCCACCGCGACGUGUGGGAAGUCGCGCGAAAGCUCUUCGUUCUCAUCGCCAUCAUCUUGGAGCUCCCAGAGGACUAUCUCGCUGAUGCGCAUGCUUAUGACCAAGUAUCAGAUGAUCACUUGAGGUACAUGAUCUACAACGCACGAACUGAAGAGGAGUGGGACAAAGCGCAAGCCUUCUCGACGGGCGGACAUACAGAUUUCGGCAGCUUGACCCUCCUCUUUUCACAACAUGUUGCAGGUCUGCAAAUCAGGACGCCAGAGGGAGAAUGGAAGUAUGUCAAGCCCGUGGAGGGUGGUAUCACAUGCAACGCGGCAGACACUCUGACGUUCCUCACAAACGAUCGCCUUGGUCUGAUCAGAGAUGAAGACCGAGACUUGAGCAGGCCAGUUCCAUCUGGAACGGAAUAUGUGCGGGCAAGAGUGAAAGAUGUGCAUCACAAGAAGGUGCUUGAUAAGCGCGAAGGAACGUCGUUUCAGUACAAAGGGUUGGAAGUCAAGAACCAUUAUGACUGA